AAGUAUAUGAAAUUUUGUUUUAACUUAUAAAAACUUGAAAAUAAUUACAAUUUUAUACUUAAAAAGAUUCCUAAGCUUUAUAAAAAAAAAAAAGCCAUCGUUUUGAUAAAAUAAUCGAUUUAAGCUUUUCAACAAAAGAUAAGAAUUGAUAUCAAAGUUGCUAUUUUAGAAGUUAUGUUUUGAUUUUUCAAAACGCCUCAAUAAUUUAUUUACUAUUGAUAUGGAGCCUUAUUUAGUACAAAAGGCACCAGCGACUAUAUUAUACAUUCCAGACUUCAUAAAUGAGAUGGAAGAGAGUUAUCUCGUCGACAAGGUGAACAAUGCGCCGAAGCCGAAGUGGACGUAUUUGAGCAACCGCCGGCUUCAGAACUGGGGAGGGCUCCCCCUUCCGAAGGGCAUGAUUACGGAGCCGUUGCCGGAUUGGCUCAAGUUCUACGUAGACAGGGUGAACGAGUUGGGCGUAUUUGGAAACAACAUUAAAGCGAAUCAUGUCCUCGUCAACGAGUACCUACCAGGCCAGGGGAUUAUGCCUCAUGAAGAUGGCCCUUUGUUUUACCCGACGAUCGUUACAAUUAACUGCGGUUCCCAUACUGUUUUAAAAUUUCAAAAGAAACGACAUGAUGAAGACAAGAAAGAAUCAGAAAAGCCUAUUUCUAUGUUUUUAGAACCGAGGAGUUUGAUUAUUGUUAAAGACAGCAUGUACCAAAACUACCUACACUCGAUUGAAGAAAUAUACGAGGAUAAGAUUGAUGAUUCGAUUGUAAAUGCUGAUUUAAUUAAGCCCAAAAAAGGUGAAAAGGUCACGAGAAAGACCAGGAUAUCUUUUACAAUAAGGAACGUACCAAAAAUUUGUAAAUUCAAGCUCAAUAUUUUUAAAUAAAAACUUGUUUACAUUUUUGUAA